GAGAGAGAGACCGUGUCAGAGGAUCAUCAGAGGAGCUUCAGCUUCAUCAGGACCAGGAUCAGGAGCCGGGGUCGGUCGGUGAGACAGGUCUCGGUGCCGCAGCUGCAUCAUGUCCUUUAGCCCUAAAGCGUCCUCCACUCCCUUCUCCGUCUCUGACAUCCUCAGUCCCAUGGAGGAAACUUACCGGAGGUUUGGGGGCGUGGACGCCGCCGCGGGAAGCCUCGGUUCCCCGCUGACCUCGUACCGGCAGCCGCAGGUCCAUCAGGCCGGCGCGCAGCACCAGAACCAGCACCAGCACCAGCCGCAGCACCUUCAUCACCACCAUCACCAUCAUCACCAGCCGCCGCUGCCUCCACAUCUUCACCACCAUCACCACCACCUGUCCUCCUCCUCCUCAUCAUCUUCAUCCUCCUCCUGCUCCUCUUCCUCGGCCUCCGCUGCAGCCGCGCUGGGACCCGGCGGAACUUUCCACCACCACCACCCUCAUCAUCAUGUUUCCCACGCGGUGCCGCAGUUCUCCGGGGCCGUGGGUGGAUUCUGUAACGGAGGAGAACUUCCGUCCUACCAGGACACGGUGAGAGGAGGAGGAGGAGGAGGAGGAGGAGGAGGAGCAGCGUGGUACAGCGGCCCGGAGCCCAGAUACAGCACAAUUUCCAGAUUCAUGGGCCCCUCCGCGGCCGCCGGGAUGAACGUGCCCGGGAUGAUGAGCUCUCUCACCGGCAUGGACUCCGCAGCUAAAUCCGUGGUGUCGCUUCACGCUGCCGCGGCCGCCGCUGCCGCCGCCGCCGCGCCGCGCCGGAAGCGGCGGGUUCUGUUCUCACAGGCGCAGGUGUUUGAGCUCGAGCGACGCUUCAAGCAGCAGAAAUACCUGUCGGCACCGGAGAGGGAGCACCUGGCCGGACUGAUCCACCUGAGCCCGAACCAGGUCAAGAUCUGGUUCCAGAACCACCGCUACAAACUGAAGCGGCAGUCCAAGGACAAGGCCCCGCCGCCGCAGCCGCAGCAGCAGCAGGACGGAACCGGAGGAACCGGAGGAGGGUGUGACCCUUGCCGCCGCUCGUCCUCCAAGUCCCCGGUUAUGUCCAAGAACGAAAAAAGCUGCCACAGCGACACCAACGGGUCAAACCAGAACCAGAGCCAGAGCGGCGGGAGACAGCGUGAGGCCGUGAACGGUCCACCGCAGUCGCUGAACCCGGUGUCCUCGUCCACCGACGAGCUGGAGGACAUGUCCCCGAGUCCAACUCCCGUGAUGAUGAUGGGAAUCCACGGUCACAUCAACAUGACGCAGAGUGACGUGGCGCUGAUCGAUUACACCAACAACAUGAUCAGCUCCAGCUUACUGUACGGGAGGACAUGGUAG